GUGGGUAUAAUCACUUCCUGGUUCUCUUGCGCACACAUGGGUUGCUUGUCUGUCUGCCUUUGUUUUGACGCGGCUACGCGUCGUUAUAAGGCACAAGCGAGAUGAAGAGUAAAUAUUUUUACGAUGCAUCUGCAGCAGACUUUUAAAAGGAAACAAUCCAAGUUUUUACAGCAUCACGCUUCACCCUCGUGCUGUUUCCUUCCAAAGAAAACUUCCACUUCCUAGAUCGCAGCUUUUUUCUCAGAGCUCCACAAUGAAAAGAGUGCGUAAAAUUCUGGAGUUCACUCAGUCAGCGGGUUUUGUAGAAGCUCCAUCGCCGGAGUCUUGCCACCUUGCACUGGAAACGUCCCCUCCAGACUAUGUGAAGGAGAUCUCGCGAUAUCUGGCGGGACAGAACACACAAGUAUCUAAUGACCCAGCUGAAGAAGAAAGUGAUUCAGGAGACAGCCUGUUCAUAACUCAGAAACCUGCGCCUGAGGCUGAGCGGUCAAGAAGAAGAAAGCGGUCCAACAGCCUGAGGUCACAGCCAGCAUCCAUCAGACAGCUAGAGGAAGAAGACUCCUCAUCAUCAUCCUCCUCCGAAGGAGAGUCCAAAACUGGCAAAGGGAAGAGUGGGACGAGGAGGAAGAGAUUCACGCUGCCACAGUACAGUUUCCCUUUCCUCUCGGAGAAGAGGCCCAGCAGUGCUCUGUUAUCUGCGCGGCACAACACAGCCCUUCAUUAUCAUGCGAUGGGAGGCUUCUUUAAAUGUGUCAAAGAACUGCAGCAGGGUCGUCAUGGAGGAGAUGAUCUGCCCUCAUCCUUACCGACAGUUGAUGUGGAAGGGGGGAGCAUAUCCCCGCUGUCAGAAGACGAGGAAGAAGGGUCAGAGAGUAUGGACAUCAAAGUCGUGGAAAGGAAACGUUUUGUUUUUGUGCCAUCAAAAACAAAGCACUCACAACCUCAGAAAACUCCGGAGACGAGAGGCAGCAACGUGAAUCAUCAUGAGAGGAACGCAAGUAAAGGUCAAGAAGCUUCACAAGGAAGACAAAAGACAAUGCAACAUCAAAUACCGGCUAAAGCGUUGAUAUCAAUGAGUACAGGGCUUUUGUCAAAUACAGAGGACUCUGAUGGUGAAGUUCCUUCUCAAAGCAUUCUGGCCCAUAGUGAAACGCCAACAAGAAAGAGAUAUCUAACCACAGGAAACCAGAAAUAUAUUCAAGGGAAAGAAAGUGAGAAGGAGCUGUGUGAUGAUAGUGAUGCUACAUAUUGUGAUACACUUGAGCUACAGGGAAGUCCAAGACUCCAAGAUACAGUUAAGGACAGAGAAGCAUCACUAAAUGUAACAGAGCCCCCAGCUGAUGUUUUCAUCGCAGAUGAUCUCUCCCAGAUGGAACAGGCAGAGAACCAACCUGAAAGCAAGAGUCUUCCCCAAAGUCUCCCAGAAGCUGUAAGUGGCACUGAUAAUGAGAGUGUGUGCAAUGAAACCUGGGUGAAGAAGAAGAGAAAAGGAGAUGAUGAAAGAAGGGGACAGAGUCAGGAAGAUCCAGGGGGUCUGCAUGCUGCAAGAUCUGUGGAGGUGGAGGCAGGAGAGACUCCCAGCCCUACGGAGGAUAAUCGAGCAGAGCCUCCGGCGACGCAGACCUGUGACGAGCUCGAGAACUUAUCACAUGAUGAUGUCAUAGCGAGACAGGAGGAGAGACACAUUCCAGAUUCCAAACACACGAAAAAGAGGAGAAAAAAGAAGCCGGCAGCAGGGGAAGAUGGACAGGAGGAGGGUGCAAACAUGGAAUCUGACGUGAGAGUGGAGACGGAAUCUCAGCCAUCACUGACAUGUAACGUGGUGAAUGGUGGCGAGGAGAAGAAGAAGAAAAGGAAAAAGGGGAAAAGAGGUGUUGACGAUGAUGAGCAGUUAAAGGCAAGCGUCGUUUCAGAGCCACUAAAGGAUGAUGGUGAGAUACUGACAAAAAAGAAAAAAGGGAAAAAAGAAAAGAUUGUAAAUGUGGAAGAACAUGGAGAAGCGUUGAAUAUGACUUCAGAUCUACCUCUGAGGUCAGGGGGGCAGUUAGAGGAAACAGGAGAUUGUUUAGAAAAUAUAGAAUCGACUCAGGAAAAAUUAGAACCCAUUUUGGAAAAGAAAAGAAAAAAGCAUGAAAAGAAACGGCCGUCGGCUGAUCAGGAGGACACAGAAGUCGGAGCCAAAGAUGAUGCAAAUUCAAGCUUGUCUAAUGAUGUAACUACUGAAACGAGUACAGUGAAGAAGAAGAAGAUAAAGGAGAAGAAGAGGGAAAGCACCUCUGAAGGGUUAGAUAUUUCUUGCAUUUCUGAGGUUGAUGAUGCAAAUCAUUCCCAGAAAAUGAAGGGGGGCUCAGACGACAGAGCUCUUGAGUCUGUGAUGAAGAAAAAGAAGAAGAGGGAAAGCACCUCUGAGGGCGUAGAUAUUUCUUGCACUUUUAACCAAAAUGAAAAAGUUGAUGAUGCAGAUCAUUCCCACAAAACAAAGGAAGGCUCUGAUGACAAAGAUGCUGAACCUUUGACUAAGAAGAAGAAGAAGACGAAGAAGAGGGAAAGCACCUCAGAGGGUGUAGAUGUUUAUUGCACUCCUAACAAAAAAGAAAAGGUUGAUGAUGCAGAUCCUUCCCAGAAAACAAAGGAAGACUCUGAUGACAGAGAGGCUGAAUCUGUGACAAAGAAAAAGAAGAAGAAAAAGAGUGAAAUACUUAGCAGAGCUGUCUCAGAGGACGCUGUGGCACAAAGCCAUGAUUCGGUGUCUGUGCGGAAAAAGAAGAGGACCUCUUCCUUCCUCGUUGCUGAUGCAGAGGAAAAAGAGGCUCAGACGCACGAGGAACAAAGCUCGCCUUGUUCAAACUCUGCAGCCGCAAAAAAGCCUGGUGUCAGCGCUGGUGCUCCAGAGACUGAAUCAGCAGAAACGGCUGGGAAUGUGGAGGAAUCGAAUAAUGGGGCCAGGAAGAAGAAAAAGAAGAGAAAGGUGUCCGAGGUGGAGGAGAGUGUGCAGAAAUAUCGUGAGCAGGAUUUUGAAGAACCGAAUGAAACGUGCGAGAGUCCUUUGCCUGAUGCCACUGAGACGAGGGUAAAGAGAAAAAAGAAAUCGAAGAGAAAUGAAAGUGAGCUGUUGACCGCCGAGGAAAGAUUAGAAAGUGCGGACGAUGCGGGGUAUUCUCAAACUGAUGAGGCUGUGGUUUUAAGAAAGAAGAAAAGCAAAAAGCGUAAAUCUGAGCCGGACCAUGUGAUACAAGAGGGUCUGACACCUGCCACUGACAGUGUGGUAUCAGGAGGAGCGCCAGUGAAAACCUGCAGUUCAGUUUCACUCAAGAAGAAGGGCAAACAGUCGGCCGGAAAGGAGAGUUGUGGUCACAGCGCUGAAGAGACUCGUGACGUUUCUGCCAAAACGAGGAAGGAAACGCUGAACGUGCCUCACAAUGUCUCCCCGUCUGCACAGACUCCUGGAGUCAUAAGUGAGGCUGUGAGAGUCAAGAAAAAUAAGAAAAACAAACGGGCAAAGACAAAACUUUAUGAUCCAAGUGAAGACUUAUACACAGAUCAGUAGUUUGACCAGGAGACUUUAUUCUUAACACACACAACAACUUUUGUAUUUGUCACAUGAAGCUGUCAGUGUUUUUAGACUGAAUGUGGAAAAAUAUGUAAAUGAGGCUAUUAAGUGGUGACGUUUUCACAGUGACUUUUUUUAAAUGUAUUUGUUUUCAAAGCGUUUUUACGAACACCCCUUUUGACCUUUUUUGAGUUGGGAUUAACUUUACUCUCCGUUGAGAAACGACUGAGAAAUGUUUAUUUUGGAAAGAAGAAACGCCUUUUAUUUUCCUACAUUUAAAUGUUCAAUAUUAGUAGGACUUCUGCACAAUGCAGGAUUGUAUAUGUUCACAUAAUGAGAAAUAUAUAUUUUGAAAAGACAAA